GAGAGUUUACGACUGGGAUAUCUCAUGAGUGACACAGCAGCACUGUUGUCUCGAGUAAAGCGCUACCUGAUGUCGAAAAAGCCCAAACUGCACUUCUGCGAAGGAGAACCAAUUGUUGAUGUCCUCCAAGACAUCCAAACUAUAACUCAUGGCGAUCGGAGAAAUCACGAAGCUUGGCCGACAUUCCUUGACAUUGCAUCCGCUUUAUUGGAGUCUCCUAUUUUAAUCAGAAAAGAUUCAAAAUUGCUUCUCCUUCAUGAUCUCAUCUUCAAUUAUGGCUUCCAGUAUGUUGAAAGAACAAAUGAAGUUAGUUUUGAGAUGUUUCACAGGAAAGUUUUGGCUGUUCAACUGGGGAAAAUUCCGGAACGCACGCAGCAGCCAUUGAAAAUACCAUCUCAAAGAUUUUCACCUGUUAACAAAUUUGCAGAACCUCAACCCGUACAAUACACGUGGAUGACAAAUUCAGUUGAACUCGAUCUUACGCAUUUGAAUCUGGAUGAAAAUGAUGAAGGUAACUCUACAACAUCAGUUAUUGCAGUUUUCUACAGAAAUUUAUCUUCUCACUUACCUCAAAGAUUUUACUCGAAAAAAGGGGUAGCUGAUGUCGAGUACCACUUGAUCUCCAGUCUAGUGGCUGUACGUGUAAGAGGCGAGCUGGAUCCUGAAAAUGUCAAUAUCAAAAUAUCUUUAAACAGCUUUAAUCAUACAAUUACGGAUAAACAUAUAGGAUGGAACAUAUCUUGUGCCAUGGCAAACUUUGAACAUGGAACGAUUGAGUUCACUACUAAUAGUUGUCACUUGAUUUGGAAAGCCGGCAACAACAGUGUUUGCCAAUGCUAUAAGCUGGGCACGUACGCACUGCUGCUUACUCAUUAUACACUUCCAGAAGAACUGUACGCAGAAGUGAGUUUUGAUGCCAUAGCUGGUACUGGUGUCGCCAUUUGUGCCUUUUUAUUGCUUGUCACGAUUUUGAUGCUUUUCUCCUUAUGGAGGAAAGUCCGAGGAGCCGUAAUCGCUCUAAAAAUACAAGUAUGUAUUGCCUUACUAGGAGCUUUUGGAGUAUUUUUCUGUGGUUUAGUCAAACCAUUUUCUGAGGAAUUUUUUUCUUACACAGUGUCCUUGAUUCAAUUUUUUCUACUGACUGCUUUUUCUUUACAACUAUGCCUAGCAUUGGCUGUUUAUAUUGAAACUGUUGAACUUAAGAAUGUCCAAUAUUCAUUCGUAAAAAUUGCUGCUCUAGGAUGGGCUAUUCCUGUGAUAAUCGUUGGUGCAACAUUGGCCGCCCAAAGCUUAGAAGGCUACAUACUAGAAGGAUGGUGGUUAACUCUUGGUUCUAAUUUUUUUUAUGCCUAUACGUCUUCAAUACUGCUUCUCACUAUGUUCCAAAUACUGUUGUUCCUGAUUGUGAAAACGGAAAUUAGAAACCAUGGUAAAGUGGCUGACUUCCUUCAAAAUAAGAAAGUUCGAGUUAGCAAUAAUAGAAUCAAACUCUUACAUCGUUCACUUUUGCUUACUACUACUCUUUUACUUAUGUCGAUGGCUAGUAUUUUAUACGUAAAUUUUGAACUGAAGAUUUAUGAGUAUUUCUUCGCAACAAGUUCUGUCACUGUGGGUUUGGUGGUGUUUUUAAGUUACACUUUCUGUAGUGAAAAGAAUUUUUUGCUAUGUUGCUUUCAAGAAAAUCAUGAACCAAUUGAACGUGAAGACUCUGAUAUGAGAAGCGGAACUGAUUCCUUUAAAAGUUUUCUCAAACCAGAAAUUGUAGAUGAUCCAUAUUCUAGGAAGAUGCAUAUAGACGCAGAAAAGCGUGCGGAGCGCAUAAAACGAAUGUAUUCACAGAUAGAAAAGGCGUCUCUGUCCGAUUCCGUAGGAUCUCAUCGAAAUGAAGCAGCAGCGGAGCUGCUGGGCCAGCGCAAUUAUCAGCAUACAGAAUCCACAGUUGAUGAAACCCAUACGCCCAUUUUUAAGCCAUACCAACAUGGUGGAAUCACAAAUGGUAGUCCACAUCAUUUGGUAGCAGAAGGGGACGCAUUUUGCGAUCCCCUUGAGAGAGGGGAUGGCUAUCCUAAGAUGCACUGGAGAUACGCCAGCCAUCCUCAUGUUAUGUAUGGUUCUCCUGGGAGCUUGAGCAAGCACCCAAGGGAACAGUCUGGAACAGCAAGCAUUAAAAGACCUCUUUUGCUUGAAACAGAUACUGAGCCUUCUAGAACCAGAGAAAUUAAUACCGUAGAGUAUGGAACUUGUAGCAAGUUUCCCUCUAGCUUUUCAUCAUCAUCUUCAUCAACAUUCCAAACCCCACAAACUGUAACAGCUGAUGUUAUAGGCAACGGUCCCUCUCAGUGCAGUGCGGGUUACUCUGAUUCUUUCAAUCCAUUGGACAACCUGGAAGAUGGCUGCAGUUUGAGGAACUCAUGCUUCUUGCAACAUACGGAUUCAUUAGAGACAGUAGUCCAUUGUGAUACAGCUGCAAAAUCCUUGUCGGAAGCUCCUUUGAGAAAUAUUUCACGAGACACCAGUGCGCAACCAACUCAGUCUUGGAAUAUGACUACUGUUUGACGUGCAGAACAUUUUCAGUAUGUAACUAUAAUACUGACUUAUGCUUUUCCAUCAUCAUCUUCUAUUUAUACUUUAAGAAAUGUAAUGCUCAAGAAUAUUUAUUUCUGAGAAUGUGGCUGCGUGAUGUCUCGCCCACAAAGAUAUUUUUUGUACCUCAUAUAAAAGUUGAAUUUUUUAGAGUUGUCCUAAACAUCUGGUAUAACAAACAGCAUUUCACCAACGUGAACAUUCCUAAUUUGUUUUUAAUUUAUAGAAGUUUUAUCUUAAACCUGUAUAUACGGAUAAUACAUCUAUACAGAAUAUAUAAAAAUGCCAAAUCCAUUGGCUUCAGUUGCAACAAAGAUUAAAACAAUGUGUAAAUUCUCUUAAAGUUCCUUUUUAUGCAAUUAGGUUAAAGUCUUAAUAUGAGAACAGAUGGAAUUUAGACAAUAUAUAAUUUAUUAAAGGAGAAUGCAUUUCUUACUAAUGACGUAACAUAUCAUCUAUUCACUUAACCUUAUUAUUUUCUCAUAAACUCAAAAGUGAAAAUAAAAAUGUUGUGAAUAAUUUGACGGUAGGUAUUUCAUUAGAAAUUAUCAUUUUGCAUGAAAAGCUGUAUUAUAUACAUUCGAAUUAUCUGAGUUCAUUUAAUAUUGGCAUAUUGUGCAGAAUAACUUUGUAAAUGCUUCUUGUUGUCAUAUUUUUCAGUCAGAAUUGUCAUAUUUUUCAGUGUAUAUGUAAAACUGUUAACCGAACAUAAUCUUUGAAAACACAAAGAAUUACAUUGUCAAACCUUCCUGUAAUUUACUUAUUUCUCGUCUGCUAAAAUAAUCAACAGAAAAGGGAUGAUUUACCAUAUUUGUUAAUUACUCAAUAUAAGAUUGGCAAUUGUAUCAUUUCGAAGAGAGUGUGGCAUCCUAGAUCCCCAGCCAUUCUGGAGUUUGCAGGUUUCACGAUUUUUUCCCUGCCGGGUUACUGAAAUAGAAAGAUGUACACUAAAAAGCUAAGAACUAAGGAAAGCCAAAGCAAUAUAUAAAAUUCAGACAAUUCUCCGUGCAGCGUUGCGUGUGUUUACUCCAGAUAUAGCUUCAAAUUAUUUUAGUUAUCUGUUUACUACUAUAUUAUACUGUCUUUUUUUAUGUUAUGCAAGGAAAUUUACUUUCCAGCACAGUGUCUUUCGGAGCUCUGUGUUAGUGUUUGAUACUAUAGUAAAUGCUAUAAAUGUUAAGAUACAAUAAAACGCCGAACAAGUAUCUCAUCAUCCUCAGCUGCAAGCUUUUGCAGCUGAGGAGGAUAGUUUGGUAAAACGAUCGAAACUAGUCUUGUGAAAAUUUGAAAACAUAACGCUGAUUUUUGUUGUUUGACUUCUAAAUUAAUGCUAUAAAUGUUCCUUGCAAAUGCAAAAAAAGUACGCAGUAGAGAGGAGAGAUGUAGCACGCAGCUGUUAGAUGUUACCGUGACAGCACUGUAAGCAGAAGUAUCCGAAUACCUGUAAUAUUAGCUUAUAGAUCUUCCACUUGAAUAAUUCCAGCUUUUUACCUAAGGUCACGAAUCACUCCACCAUUUCCCCCGACACGGACUUGUUGAUUUGAAAACUGUCUUCAGGUGUCACACACUUAGAUGUUGUUAAAUGUGGCCUGGAUCGUUGCUCCCGAGAGACACUGUUUUUUCCAGCCCCCCCCCCGCAGAAUGCAGCGAAAAUUAAAAAGGUGAUUGAUUGCUAAAUUGGACACGCUCUCUCCAUAGCGGGGUUGUGUCAGGAUCGCAGAGAAAAAAGUUCUCUUAAAAAGACAAGAAAUAAGAGCGCACCUCCAGUCCCGUCUUAGCUGAUAUUGCAAAGGAACUACUGCUGAUUUAAGGGGACUCAUACUCCUUAAAACUCAUAAGAUCUUCGAAUAUGUGAUUGUUGCAAGAAUUGAGAUAACUUAUUUAUUUUAAAAGCAAUUACGUCCAU